CUUCCGGCAGCGCUCGCUCACUUUCUCGCCCCGCUCCGCCUCUCCAGCGAAAGGGAAAGCGCGUUUACUCCUGACAAAUUCCAGCUGCUGCAACAGCGCGGAAGCUAGCGUUUACGGUGUACUCUACUCCGUAUCGAACUGCCCCGUUCAGUUGCCUCUUUCAACCUGGUGCUGGUGUCGUUUCAAGCCCACUAGUCUACGAAGUUGCGUCACCUUUGCUCGCACAUCGUGCGCGUACCCUGCGAGUUGCAACCCUGAAAGCUGGCCUAUUUUUCGCAGACGCGCGGACUUUGAUGCAACGGGGAUCCGGCAAGUGCUGUAGCCGUGAGAUAUGCACCUUCUGAAGCUUCGUAAAUCGUGAUACUUUGUUGUGUUUUCUCCUCCGGGUGCCUAUAUUAAGCUGCUCAAACAUGCUGGACAUCGUGGGUAGGACAUUCUCUGCUGUGUCCGGUGUCGCGUACUCUGGUACGCUGCCAUACGUGCUGGUGAUGGCAGCCACUCAACGGUUCCUCCUAGCGGCGCUGGUGGCUGUGCUCUGCGCGUACGUUGUGCAAGCUGUAUACAGAUACUACAAGAUGUGGCGGGUCCUACGGCCCAUGGCAGGUCCCGCUGACUUUUUCCCGCCUUUUUUCAACAUCAAAUGUCUGAUCAUCCGCAGGAGCAUGGCUGACAUGUUCCUCAAUACGUCGACAGCUCUCUUCCACCUCUUGAUGGGUCUGAGUCAUUUCUUUGGGAAGGACCGGAUAUUCAAGGCAUAUCUGGGAUUUCAGCCUGUGGUAGUCCUCUUCAAGCCAGAAGCCGUCGAGGCGGUGCUGAACUGCUCGACGAACCUCAAGAAGCCAGUCCUGUAUUCGCUUCUCCACCCAUGGCUAGGCUCGGGACUUCUCACAAGCUUCGGUUCACAGUGGAGGUCACGCAGGAAGCUGUUGACGCCAGCGUUUCACUUCAGGAUCCUCGAAGACUUUCUUCCCAUCAUGAACGAGCAGGGCGAUAUUUUCAGGAAGGUGCUUCAAUCGAACACAGAUAAGGUCGUCGAUGUGACCACUUUCGUCACAGCUUGCACUCUGGAUAUAAUCUGCGAGACAGCAAUGGGUGUCAGAGUGAAUGCUCAGACAAAUCCAUCCUCGACCUACGUCAGCAAUAUUUACAGAGUUGGCACCAAUUUCAUCAACCGGACGGUGCGGCCCUGGCUGUGGAUAGAUUACCUCUACCAGAUGACCGAGGAGGGACGGCUCUACUACAACGACAUCCGCUCCAUACACACGUUCACUAAAAAGGUUAUCCGUGAGCGCAAAGAGACGAAGCUCGCAGAGUUGCAGCUCAUCGACCCUUCCACGGACACGGACUUAAAGAAACGGCCGGUGUUCCUGGAUCUCCUCUUGGCCCAUCACAUAAACGACAACAGCAUCUCGGAGGAAGAUAUACGAGAAGAAGUGGAUACGUUUAUGUUCGAAGGACACGACACCACAGCUGCCGCUAUAUGCUGGUGCAUAUACCUGCUGGGUCAGUACAAAAACGCUCAAAGAAAAGUGCACGACGAGCUGGACGCUAUUUUUGGUAAUGAUCAUAGCCGUUACGCGACGGUCGAAGAUCUCAGGGACAUGAGGUACCUCGAAUGCUGCAUCAAGGAAAGCCUCAGGCUGUUUCCCUCUGUACCCAUCAUCGGACGAGAAGUGCAGAAAGAGUUCACAGUCAAUGGUAAUGUGAUCCCUGAUGGUACCGUCGUUGUGAUAUUCUCCUACGCAUUGCAUCGAGACAAAGACACGUUCCCCAAGCCGGAGGAGUUCAUUCCUGAACGGUUUUCCCCAGAAAACAGCCUAGGAAGGCAUCCUUUUGCGUACGUUCCAUUCUCAGCAGGCCCAAGGAACUGUAUCGGUCAACGUUUCGCCAUGAUGGAAGAAAAGAUCGUACUCUCCAGCCUCUUCCGCCAUUUCUCCGUGGAGUCCUUCCAGAGGCGUGAUCAGCUGGACCUCGCCGGCGAGCUGGUGCUUCGCAACCGAUCGGGAAUCAAAGUCAAGCUCACGUCCCGUUUCAACAACAAGUGAUCUUCAAUACGUGACUCGUACAUAUAUUUCAGUGCCCAAGUGCACGGCCUUGCCAAAUGCUUUUGGAACCAGUGAGACCAGUGUAUAUGCCCAAUCAUCGUCUAGUCAAUGUGCGCUAUGAUGACUGCCGCUUCCCCAACCGAAGCGACAGUACAGUAUGGUCCUCAGAUGGACAGCAACAGGGUCGCAAGGCAGCAAGUAUUGCUCCAGGUCUUCAAGGAAGUACAGUCCGUCUCGUUCUAUAUAGGCUUAAAAAGUGCGAGUCCUUCCUGUUGCUAUGGGUACCAGAGGCAACACGAAGCAGAGAUGCGUUGGUGAAUCAGACGAUAAUGGCUUCAGGAUUUAUGUGCACGUUCCCGCCAUCCCAGUGUCUACCACGCCACAGGACAGGCCCGCGUCGGCAAACAGGACAGCUUGUAUCUUGCCUAAUAGAGUUACAAAAGGCGAUGCUCACAACGCCUUCACUAUAACCACAGGUCUAUAUUGCUACAACGCAGACGACGUUCUCGUACUCUCAUGUGGUGUUGGUAGAUCUGUUUGUCGUAGUCGAAGGUGGGAUUAACCGCAGAGGAAGAAAUAAUUUCGCUUAUCCCUGAGGCUAUAGACGGCGUCACGCGCGCCUGUGGCCUGGUAGUCCGCUCAGUACAGUACGCACCGUACGAUAUGGGACACGUUCCUGACAAGUGUCAUAGAAAGCGAUAAGAUCAUAUUAUUACACCCACAUGUUUCCAAGCAAUGUAAUGUACUGAACGUGCGUGCGGUAGCAAGUUGCCUUUCUUGUGUACAGUUCUGCAAAACGACGCACUGCCGGGACACCUGCCAGUCAUCCCAGUGAACCUGAACUUUUCAUUGCAUUAUGGUUGGGUCGAUCGCCUAGCACUGCAGCGAGAAAAAUGAAACAAAGCCAUAGUUGUCCAAUCCGCAACAUAACGCACGUCUCCUAUUCGCGCGGUCUGUGCAUCAACAGUGAAGGACGUCCACUGCCCAGUCAUUUGUUUCAAUUUUCAAGAUCUUGUUGCUGUUUAUUUUGUACAUGAAAUGUUUGUUGGAUCUAAAGUUUAUGGUUACAUUUCUUACGUUCGAAUAAAUCGGUUACGUUGA